GGGCUGACCGGGAAGACAGUGUGCCAGGGAAACAAUUUCGUUUUGUUGUUGUGUGAAGUUCUGGCACUUUGUGAAGACAAAAUGAAGGGCUCUGGCCCGAAGCGUCGAAUUUCCUGCUCCUUGGAUGCUGCCUAACCUGCUGUGCUUUAACCAGCAACACAUUUUCAACUUUGUGAAGACACACCUACCGAGACAGAGUGGAACGGACAUCUGGUAUUUCAACUUGUUUAAACUGCUCCCAACUUUGUCUCAUUAUCACUUGGUGCUCAAUAGCGACUCGUUCAGGAAAUAUUCCGAGCAGGGAAGUGAGUAAAAAAUACAUUGUUUCCUGUGUGGAGAAAUCCUCAAAGCAGGAACAUAAUUUGUCUUGUUGAAAUUAGGUUCAAUACCAAGUACCCUCCCAGAGUUUAAGAUGGACUCUUCCAAACAGAUGAGAUUCCAAAGCCUCUGUUGUGACACAUUGUGUGAAGUCUUUAAAGAAAGGGUUCGAGCUGGGUGCUAACUUUCUGACGAUGAAUGUGGUUUCACAUCUGUUAAAAGGAUGGCCAACUCCAAUUACUGGUCUGCACUUGCCUGUCUGACUGUAACCUGCUCUGUGUAUUUUGCUACCUCUGACAUUUCCUGUUACAAUGACAAUGGGCAGCCAGUGGAUUGGUUCAUUGUUUACAAGUUACCCAAACAUAUCAGUGAAACUGGUUUACAGUACAUGUACAUGGACUCCUCAAGCAAUGGCUGGAGAACUGGAAACCGAUUGAUUAAUGACACAGGCUCUGCUGUGGGAGGAACUCUACAGCAGCUCUAUGAGAAAUCCAAACUGCAGAGGGACCAAGUAGCAUACGUGCUCUACAAUGACCAGAUCCACCUCACCUCGACCAGCUAUGGUGGACAUACGAAAGGUGAUGAGCAAUACCUGGAUU